UGGAUGCUGGCAGUGAUUGUACAUCCCGUGUGUGAGGUUGCUUAUCCUUCAGGACACACCCCUCUAUAGAAUAAAGUCUUUCUGCAAACUUCGCGCACACGGUCGAGGGAUCUCACUGUGGCGCACACGGGAAACUAACGGCACAAAAGCCAGAAAGACCAUGACUGAAGAAUCAGCCAGCAUUGCUCCUGCUGCAGACUCUGAGGCAGAUAAACGGGGUCCUGAAGAAGGGACUCAGUCCAGGGGAAAAUGGGCCAACAACAUGGAGUUCAUACUGUCCAUGGCUGGUGAAAUAAUUGGCCUCGGAAAUGUUUGGAGGUUCCCCUAUCUGUGCUUUAAGAACGGGGGAGGUGUCUUCCUUAUCCCCUACUGCGUGUUCCUCUUCUUCUGUGGCAUCCCCGUGUUUUUCUUGGAGACAGCACUGGGGCAGUACACCAGUGAGGGUGGGGUGACUGCCUGGAGGAAGAUAUGCCCCAUGUUUCAGGGGGUGGGGUUUGCAUCCCAAGUGAUUGUGAUCUAUCUGAACAUUUACUACAUUAUCGUUUUGGCUUGGGCUCUAUUCUACCUAAUAAACUCCUUCAAAAGUCCCCUGCCUUGGUCCACAUGUGACAACUGGUGGAACUCCGCUUUAUGUCAUAGUCGCACGGGCAUCUUUGCUAACCCCCACCUGUUUCAGCCUGAGUCCAACUGGUCAUUCCUAAACAACAUGACCUCGCCUGACUACUUUGUGAACAUGACUUUCAAUGAAACAAUAUUGAUGAGCACAUCACCAGAAGAGGAGUUCUGGAGUAACCGUGUGUUAAGAAUGUCAAAGGAUAUCUCCUUGGGUAAGAUACACUGGGAUCUGGCUCUGUGUCUGAUGUUUGCCUGGGUCAUUUGUUACUUCUGCAUCUGGAAGGGCAUCAAAACCACUGGAAAGGUGGUGUACUUUACUGCAAUAUUUCCCUACUUGAUGCUCUUUAUCCUCUUCAUCCGGGGAGUGACGCUCCCAGGAGCUGGAGAAGGCCUGAAAUAUUACCUCAGCCCUAACUUCAGCAGACUUGGUGAUCAAGACGUGUGGUAUGAUGCAGGGACUCAGGUGUUCUUCUCCUAUGCCGUUUGUCAGGGAGUGCUGACAGCUCUUGGGAGCUACAACAAAUACAACAACAACUGCUACAGGGAUUGCUUGGCACUGUGCUGUCUGAAUAGUGCCACUAGUAUCUUUGCAGGCUUUGCUGUCUUCUCAGUGCUGGGAUUCAUGGCUCAUGACCUUGGUAUUUCAUUGAGUGAAAUUUCAUCUUAUGGUCCUGGUUUAGCCUUCAUAGCCUAUCCAACGGCUCUGUCGUUGCUUCCUGGUUCUUCCUUCUGGGCUGUGCUCUUCUUCUUCAUGCUCUUUUUGCUGGGCCUAGAUAGUCAGUUUGUGUGUGUGGAGAGCCUGGCCACAGCCUUGACAGACCUGUUCCCACGUUAUCUAAGGAGGCCGGGCGCAAGAGAGAUAUUGGUUCUGGUCAUCGCUGUUGUUUGCUUCUGUUUGGGGCUGCCAUUCAUUACUGAAGGAGGAAUAUUCCUCUUCCAGCUGGUUGAUACUUAUGGUCCAAGUGGAAUCAGCCUCCUCGUCAUUGCUUGUGUAGAGUGUAUUGUUAUUGGCUGGGUAUAUGGUGCAGACCGUUUCUAUGACAACAUUGAGGACAUGAUCGGGUACCCUCCGUUACGUAUGCUGAAAUACUGCUGGAUGUUCGUCACGCCGCUCAUUUGCGGACUUACACUGCUGUAUAUCCUGGCACACCGUCAACCUCUUGUCUAUGGCUUUGAACCUGGCACCUGGGGAGUCACACUGGCCGCUUUACUCAUGCUCACACCUCUGAUAUGUAUCCCAGUAUUCAUUCUGGUAUCACUAUAUAGGGAUCCCAAAAACAUGACUACACCAUCCAGUGACCUGCGUCAGAUUCGACCACACAACCCAGUUCUUACACUGUGUAAGUGUAUCGUAUUUAAGGCACAGAGACUGCCAAACAUGACUGUGGACGAUAGAGAAGAGAAGCUGGUAAUGGAAGAACCUGGCAGUGCUUGAUAUUUGCUGAUUACAUUUUUUUAUAUAUUUACACUUGUUGAAAAAAAAAAGAAUCAUAUUCCAUUUUUAUAAAUGUUUAUAGCUUUGAGGGUCUACAGGGGUAGUUGGUUUUUGUGAACACAAGUUUUUACUUUAUUACUCUUUCGCUUAUGAAUAAUGGAGUCCUGUGCAUUAUACAGCUACCCAGUUCCAAACUGGAACUGGAUUGAAAGAGCACUCUGCUGAUUUAGCAUUGUGCGCUUGUAACUUUCAUGGACUCAUGAUUAGGGUUUAAUCCCGGGAUCCGGGAUUCCCGGGAAAUGCGAUCAGAACCAUUUCCCGUUUCCCGGGAAACGUUAGACGGGAAACCGGGAAAAAAGUCGCGCGCGUCGAUUUGACUUUCAG